CUGAUUAAUUCAAAAUGGCGGAAGAAGUUGACUGUCAUGACCUCCUUGGUGGUUAAAAGUAUGCUAUAUAUAUUCGAUGGGUUAUAGUAAUCUUUGACAAUGAAUAUCAGUCAAACAAAUUCAUAUGGCAAUGGGCUACUGUAUGCAGGCUUCAAUCAAGACCAAGGUUGCUUUUCUUGCGGCAUGGAGAAUGGCUUUAGGAUUUACAACUGCGAUCCACUAAAAGAAAAAGAGCGUCAAGAUUUCCCAGAUGGUGGUAUCAACUAUGUGGAAAUGCUUUUUCGAUGUAACUAUCUGGCACUUGUUGGAGGUGGACAAAACCCAAAGUAUCCAAAGAACAAAGUGAUGGUUUGGGAUGACCUAAAGAAGAAGUGUGUCAUAGAGUUGAAUUUUUCUAGUGAUGUCAAGGCAGUGAAACUUAGAAGAGACAGGAUAGUAGUUGUACUGGCAGAGCUUAUAAAAGUCUUCACAUUUACACAGAAUCCUCAACAACUUCAUGUCUUUGAGACGGCAAUUAAUCCUAAAGGUUUGUGUGUUCUUUGUCCAAGUAGCAACAACUCUUUAUUAGCAUUUCCUGCACGUAAGAUAGGACAUGUUCAGAUUGUUGACUUGGCCAACACAGAGCGUGCUCCACAAGAGAUUUCUGCUCAUGAGGCUGCACUGAGUUGCAUUGCCAUGAAUUUACAAGGAACAAGACUAGCAACAGCCUCUGAGAAGGGAACUCUGAUAAGAGUUUUUGAUACAAGUAAUGCGGCACAGCUCCAUGAAUUGAGACGUGGAUCAGGAAGCGCUAAUAUUUACUGUAUAAACUUCAACCAUGACUCAGAACUUUUGUGUGUAUCAAGUGAUCAUGGCACAGUUCACAUCUUUGCCAUUGAAGAUCCAAAGAAAAAUAAACAGUCAAGUCUUGCCUCAGCACACAACUUUCUUCCAAAAUACUUCAGCUCUAAGUGGAGCUUUUCAAGAUUUCAAGUCCCUGGUGACCCGCACUGUGUUUGUGCAUUUGGAAGUGAAAAAAAUACUGUCAUAGCUAUUUGCGCAGAUGGCAGUUAUUAUAAGUUUGCUUUUAAUACCAAAGGAGAGUGUUCACGAGACGCCUAUGCACAGUUCCUUCAGAUGACAGACGGAGACUGAACUACUUACUCAUUCAAUUAGUUUCUAUUUUUAAUCUUACGCUGUAACGAAUGAUGCAAAAUAUCUCCUAUUUUAUGAGUCAUGAAUCACUGUUUUCCAACUUUGUUGAAGAAUUGUUGAAGUAGGUUGCUAUGCAUGAUUGGAAAGAGGAUCAUGUACUUAAAUACAACAGAUGAAUGAACUUAAUGUCACCUUAACAUCACUUGUGUUCAGUACCAUUUUUAAGCCAUUCUUUUUCUAAUAGUAGUGUCGCAGUUCUUUACCUAGAAACUCAUAAGAAAGCGGAAAGUAAUUUAAUGAAAAAAAUAUAAAUAUAAAAGAAUUCCAACAUUAAAAUUAAUUGCUAGUAAUAGUAAUGGCUUGCCGUGGAAUAGGGUGACCAGUGUUGACAGACGAACGUUUGGUGCACUUUUUGCUUAGCGAGGAGCCCCCUCCCCCGCCGCCAAUACAGUACACGAUCUCAAAAAUGAGUAGUGGCUUCCUCUCUGUGUUUUCCUUUUCUUAGACGAUAACGAACCUCAACAGUGGGUCGUUUUAGUCGUUUGAACAAGAUUUAAUGAAAUGCUAAAACGCUCCUCUUGUGAAUAACUUGUAUAUCGGAAUACGCAUUUAUGCGUCAUUCACAAUUCCAUAAAUACUGAGUACGUAAAACAAUUGGAAUAGUGCAUGUGUAGUAUAAAGAAUUGUAUCAGAUAACUAUUUUAGUAUUAAAAGUUCUAUCCUUACUUUGA